GCGGUCGCCCGCAGAGGAAGGCGCCGCAGUCUCCGGGCCUCGCCGCCCCGCUCGAGUGUCCUCGGCACCGAGGGCUCGCGGGUCCUGAGGGGAGGAGGCGAGCCAGGGGCCGGGCACUGAGCUCUUUGGCGCCCCCACCCCCGUUUUCGGAGCCCUCCACGCUGCGGCCACUGUCCCCUCCGGACCAUGGCCGACGACGACGUGCUGUUCGAGGAUGUGUACGAGCUGUGCGAGGUGAUCGGCAAGGGUCCCUUCAGUGUUGUACGACGAUGCAUCAACAGAGAAACUGGGCAACAAUUUGCUGUAAAAAUUGUUGAUGUAGCCAAGUUCACAUCAAGUCCAGGGUUAAGUACAGAAGGUAAGAGAUGGAUUUCAAAUCUAAAGCGGGAAGCCAGUAUCUGUCAUAUGCUGAAACAUCCCCACAUUGUAGAGUUAUUGGAGACAUAUAGCUCAGAUGGAAUGCUUUACAUGGUUUUUGAAUUUAUGGAUGGAGCGGAUCUGUGUUUUGAAAUCGUAAAACGAGCUGAUGCUGGUUUUGUAUACAGUGAAGCUGUGGCCAGUCAUUACAUGAGACAGAUACUGGAAGCUCUACGCUAUUGUCAUGAUAACAACAUAAUUCACAGGGAUGUGAAGCCCCACUGUGUUCUCCUUGCCUCAAAGGAAAACUCGGCACCUGUUAAACUUGGGGGCUUUGGGGUAGCUAUUCAAUUAGGGGAGUCUGGACUUGUAGCUGGAGGACGAGUUGGAACACCUCAUUUUAUGGCCCCAGAAGUUGUCAAAAGAGAGCCUUACGGAAAACCUGUAGAUGUCUGGGGUUGUGGCGUGAUCCUUUUUAUCCUGCUAAGCGGUUGUUUGCCUUUUUAUGGAACCAAGGAAAGAUUGUUUGAAGGCAUUAUUAAAGGAAAAUAUAAGAUGAAUCCAAGGCAGUGGAGCCAUAUCUCUGAAAGUGCCAAAGACCUAGUACGCCGCAUGCUGAUGCUGGAUCCUGCUGAAAGGAUCACUGUUUAUGAAGCGCUGAAUCACCCAUGGCUUAAGGAGCGGGAUCGUUAUGCCUACAAGAUUCAUCUUCCAGAAACAGUAGAACAACUGAGGAAAUUUAAUGCAAGGAGGAAACUAAAGGGUGCAGUACUAGCAGCUGUUUCAAGUCACAAAUUCAACUCAUUCUAUGGGGAUCCCCCUGAAGAGUUGCCAGACUUCUCCGAAGACCCUACCUCCUCAGGACUUCUAGCAGCAGAAAGAGCAGUCUCACAGGUGCUGGACAGCCUGGAAGAAAUUCAUGCACUUACAGACUGCAGUGAAAAGGACUUAGAUUUCCUACACAGUGUUUUCCAGGAUCAGCAUCUUCACACACUACUAGAUCUAUAUGACAAAAUUAACACAAAAUCUUCACCGCAAAUCAGGAAUCCUCCGAGUGAUGCAGUACAGAGAGCCAAAGAGGUAUUGGAAGAAAUUUCAUGUUACCCUGAGAAUAACGAUGCAAAGGAACUAAAGCGUAUUUUAACACAACCUCAUUUCAUGGCCUUACUUCAGACUCACGAUGUAGUGGCACAUGAAGUUUACAGUGAUGAAGCAUUGAGGGUUACACCUCCUCCCACUUCUCCCUAUUUAAAUGGUGAUUCUCCAGAAAGCGCAAAUGGAGACAUGGAUAUGGAGAACGUGACCAGAGUUCGCCUGGUCCAGUUCCAAAAGAACACAGAUGAACCAAUGGGAAUCACUUUAAAAAUGAAUGAGCUAAAUCACUGUAUUGUUGCAAGAAUCAUGCAUGGGGGCAUGAUUCAUAGGCAAGGUACACUUCAUGUCGGAGAUGAAAUUCGAGAGAUCAAUGGCAUCAGUGUGGCUAACCAAACAGUGGAACAGCUGCAAAAAAUGCUUCGGGAAAUGCGGGGGAGUAUCACCUUCAAGAUCGUGCCAAGUUACCGCACUCAGUCGUCGUCCUGUGAGAGAGAUUCCCCCUCCACUUCCAGACAGUCCCCAGCUAAUGGUCAUAGCAGCACUAACAAUUCUGUUUCGGACUUGCCAUCAACUACCCAACCAAAAGGACGACAGAUCUAUGUAAGAGCACAAUUUGAAUAUGAUCCAGCCAAGGAUGACCUCAUCCCCUGCAAAGAAGCUGGCAUUCGAUUCAGAGUUGGUGACAUUAUCCAGAUUAUCAGUAAGGAUGAUCACAACUGGUGGCAGGGUAAACUGGAAAACUCCAAAAAUGGAACUGCGGGUCUCAUUCCUUCUCCAGAACUUCAGGAAUGGCGAGUCGCUUGCAUUGCCAUGGAGAAGACCAAACAGGAGCAGCAAGCCAGCUGUACUUGGUUUGGCAAGAAAAAGAAGCAGUACAAAGAUAAAUAUUUGGCAAAGCACAAUGCAGUGUUUGAUCAAUUAGAUCUUGUUACAUAUGAAGAAGUAGUAAAACUGACAGCAUUCAAAAGGAAAACACUAGUCUUGUUAGGUGCGCAUGGUGUUGGGAGAAGACACAUAAAAAACACCCUCAUCACAAAGCACCCAGACCGGUUUGCGUACCCUAUUCCACACACCACCAGACCUCCAAAGAAAGAUGAAGAAAAUGGAAAGAACUAUUACUUUGUAUCUCAUGACCAAAUGAUGCAAGACAUCUCUAAUAACGAGUACCUGGAGUAUGGCAGCCACGAGGAUGCAAUGUACGGGACAAAACUGGAGACCAUCCGGAAGAUCCAUGAGCAAGGGCUGAUCGCAAUACUGGACGUGGAGCCUCAGGCACUGAAGGUCCUGAGAACUGCGGAGUUCGCUCCUUUUGUUGUUUUUAUUGCCGCACCAACUAUCACUCCAGGUUUGAAUGAGGAUGAAUCUCUUCAGCGUCUGCAGAAGGAGUCUGACAUCUUACAGAGAACAUAUGCACACUACUUCGAUCUCACAAUUAUCAACAAUGAAAUCGAUGAGACAAUCAGACAUCUGGAGGAAGCCGUGGAGCUCGUGUGCACAGCCCCGCAGUGGGUCCCGGUCUCCUGGGUCUAUUAGGCCUCUCCCCAGAUAUCUGCCGCAUAACUGGGAGCCACCUCAUACAUGGAAAAGCCUCUGUUAUCGGCCUUGUGUCAGCAGGUCGUGGUCCCUAGAGACUACCUAGUUGUAGUGUGACCUACAUUUAUAAUUAUUGUCAUGUCCGAAUAGAUAGGAGGAGAAAAACAAUUACACACUAAUUUAAAGAGACAGUAUCUUUUUUAAUCAGUUCUCCUAAACUUUAAUAAAAUGUAUCUUUAAAUGUAUGUAUUAUUCAAUCCUUUGGAAUGUUAUAUUUUUGGAAAUCAUAGCUUUUUAUUUCCAAGGCCCCUAAAAACUGCACAAAAUAGAUGCUGCUUUCUAUAAUCUAUUUUAAUAAUAAAAAACAAUGAUUCUGUUACCUUGACUGGGGUUGGAACACUACAUUCUUUUUAGAGUCUGAUUUUAUGGAUUGGAAUAUCUUUCUUUCCUUUAUUUAUUUGAAAUAAUCAGUCUAGUGAUUACAAAACUCAUAAAUUUUUAAAGGCCUUUUUUUUCCUUUUUUUUUUUUAGAACAGUAUUUUUUUUAAGUCCUUUAUGUAACAUCCAGAUAAUGUGAUACUGUCUCUUUGAAGCACCCUGUAAACCUUUUAGAGAUUUGAAGUUGGGUCUUGACUCUUAAUGCAUGUGGACAGUCGCGAGCGUUUAUGCUGUCGGUGUGUCUGUGUUGGACAAAACAAUCUGUAAUCUACAGCAAAGUACAUUCCGUUCACGGGGCACACCCAGGGGAAUAAGAAUAAAAUGCUAUUAUGACUAAGUUGUAAACCUAUGCACAUCCCUUGCAUUUCGGGCAACUUUAUAAAAAACAAACAAAAAGAAACUGAUUUUUAUUAAUAAUAAUCAAUCAUGUAGUGAAAUGUGUUUGUAAUUUUGUCUCAAUUUAAUUUGUUGUAAGGUGGGAGGGGGAAUUGCUGGUUUCACCAUUUCAGAUCUGUGUUGUCUGAGAGUAUUAACGUUUUAAUUAAGCAAAGAAAUGAGGAUUUUUAAUAUGUAUGUAAUUGUUUUAAAGCACCCAUUUUAAGAGAAUAUACUGUGCAAUGAAGAAACCAGUUUAGGCAUUUGCUAUAAACUGAAUUAUUCCAAAAGAAUAAUCUAUAACAGCCCUGUAAAUUCCUUUAAAAUGAUAACUAACAGGACAGUUUGACCAAUUUUUUUUAAAAUAUACUUCCUUUUAUGUGUUCAAUAAUUAAAUGCCUUUGGGUCCUUCAUUUCAUUAUAGAUUUGUUCAGGUUUACAAGGUGAUGAUCUUUUAGAUUUUAUAAUCCAUUAGAUGCUCACUGAAACAUCAAAGGCCCAGGAAUGACUAUCAGUUAGCAGGACAACAAAAUACUCCGCACCCAAGGGCCACUAAUGUGCACCUGUGCUUUCUCCUUCCUCUUGCUAUAUCCCUUGGCACAGGAGAAUCAUGUCCUUGUUGCUUUAGAGACAUUAACCAUCUCAUCACCCUUCCGUGAGGUCACAUUCUUCCAAUACAGGAGAUUCAGGCUGCGGGGGUGGGUCUUCUGACUCUUUGCCAGAGGUCACUGGAAGGUUUUUCAUGAGAGUGUCUGUCAGGGUGUGAAGUGGUUCUAUUAACCUGAGAUCCUUGAAAAAAAUACCAUCAAGUUUGCUUCUUGUCGGUUAGAUGGCCUCAUUGCUUUGUGCCCUGGCAGGAUGUGCAGGAUGUGUUCUGAGCGGAACAGCUCCUCUAUGAAGGACCACACCGAGAAGGCAUUUGUAUACUCUUUUUAGGGUGUCCCCCUCCCCUCCCACCUACUCUUAUUAAACAAUGCUGAUUUUUCCUCUGAUGUUGUCCUUUGUGGGUAACCAGAUGAGUAUACAACUUACAAAGUGCUGAGUAAACUGCUUCUGUUGGGACCCACAGCAGGGUGACCACACCACCAAACCAGAGACACCGUGGAUGGAGGGAGAAACCCCAAGAGCUGAUUAGGGCUGUGUUAGGACUGAUUUAAAUCUACCUGAUGCCAAGGCCAGGCAGUCAUUCCCGUGAUGGUACUGGUCACAAUCCGGGCUCUUCUCAGUGUGAAACUGCCCGCUCUACCUCUUUUCCAGUGAAGCACAAAGAAGAAUACAACUAACACCUGAGAACAGAAGCUCCCUCCCUCUGGUAGAAACCCCACUUGUCCUCUGAGACCAAAUCUCCAGAGAUGCUCGACGAUGCCUGUCUUAAGCCACCCACCAUGCUGAUGAAGGUGGGUCAUGCAGAGGAAGAGAAAAGCAAUGCCAGUGUAAAUGUCUGGCCCCAGGAUUGAGAAGCACUGUAGCGCUCAUCCUCUCUCCUCCAACACUUUAUGCGUCCUCAGAGAAGCACACAGACAGGCGGCAUUCUCACCAUUGUGCGGGUGGCAAAAUUCCUGCACCCAGAACUCAUUCUGUCUAACUUCUCAGAGGUCGUCUGUUCCCUUCCACUAAUACACGUCUUCUCUCAAGCAGUGUCUUUUUGACCUAGCAGAAAAUACUUAAAUUUCUGAAUCCAGAGUAAUUUCGGUACAUUGCUGCUGCACCUCCAUUACAGUUGUCCACUAAGCAAUCAGAAAAUUGCUAAAAAGCUGCUUUACUGUUUCCAUUCCAUCAACAAAAUCAUUUUUUUUCCUUUAAAAGAACAGAGCGAAUGAUUAGAUUAUUAAAUCUUAGCACUGAUCAACUGAGCCAUGUUCUAAGGGCUCUCUUUCCAACCCCAUUGCCCGCAGCAAGAAAUGGGGUGUUUUUCAUAUGUCAAAUUAUCUGUUAAAAAGAAUGUCCUGAUUUUCUAAUCAUAAAACGGUUAAUUACUUUGCACACGCAGCAUGUUCCAUUCUAACACUAAAAAGGAAAAUGUCAAUUUAAUUCAGGAAGCUUCCCAGUGUCAAGAUAAUAUGGUAGCUUUUUUAAAUGCAAUUAAGUGUAACUCCUGUCAAGUGAGAUGGUUUAAAAUAUUUGCUCAGAGAGGAAAAGAAAUGGGUGACCUACUUCUUGCAAUUUGCAUUCAGAAGGCAUCUUCUGAGCCCGUCCCAUUGGUGGUGGGAUGUCAGAAGAUGCUGCAAAGCCCUCACCGCACAAAGGGUCAGCACAUGCUCCCUUCCCCGGGGCCCAUUCCAUCUCCCACCGCUGGGGCCAGCCCGCCAGGCCUGGACUCCAUGCUACAGUUAUUUUUUUAAAGCCUUUGAUCUCAUUAUUGCAGGUGAGGUUUUUUGGUUUGUUUUUAAAUCACUUGUAGUUAAUCUGUUCGUUAAGGCUUUGAGUUCAUUCCUUGAAAAAGUGUAGUCAGUUGAGCCACCCUUGGGGAAACAGAGGUGGAGAUGCCCAGCGUGGACACUGCCCCUUAAGGACAGGCAGCCCAAAACAAACGCUCUUGUCUCCCACUGAUAUCCUUUUCUUCAUUUCAGGUCAAUCUCUUGGGGCAAAGAGAACAUGCCACUAAAGCUAGCAAGAACAUUUCUUGAUUAAUAAAUUCUUAAUUUUAACAUCUCCCACGCUGUCUCCUUGGAAAGAGGAGAAGGCAACUUGCAAUCAGCAUUCCAAACAAGCCCCUUCUCAUCCUCACCCCUCCUGCUUAUUUCCUAUCAUCAAACUGGUGUGUGUGCGUGCGUGCGCGUGUGUGUGUGUUGGGGGGGAGGGGCUUGUUUUUCCAGAACUGGACACAGCCUCCUAAUUCCAUCCUCUUUACAAGGGGUUAUGAUACCAAGGUCCCCGAGCAUUCUUUCUCUUGUUCUGUGCCUCUGAUUAAUUCUCCUCUUAGAAAGCUCUUUUGCUUCUCACUGCAGCUUGCAGAGGGACUACAAGCUUGACUCAUGAAUCGUUUCAUUUGGUAGAAAUUUCCCACUUUUUCCCCCUUUAGAAGUAAGGUCUUCCUCUACAUUUGGUGUCUUCAGUUACAGGACAUUGCCUGUAAGGCUCAAGGCUUGGUUGGCUUUGCCCACACCCAGUUAUCAGUUUGCCUUAAACUUGGAGCUAUUGGGAGUCUCAGGUCUUCAGCUUAGUGAGUGAAGUUUAGGUGUGACAUGCGUCCAGGAAGUGGGAGAAAGGGAGAAAAAGAGUACGUUCACCAGUCCACAUCCCUUUAUCUGGUCUUUUCUCUUCUACUCUUGGGCUGCAGAAGGUAGGCAGACCUGGCCCAUAGAAGGAGGAAGGCCGCACCAUCUCUAGGCCAGGCAUUGCCAAGUCUUAUCUCUUCAUGGGGGAGGACAGAAAAUCCAGAGCUCCCACCACCCCUCACUAACCAUCAGCUCUCUUGACCCUGUGCAAAUGGACCGAGCAAAAGAAAUUGGGAAGAGGUGUUUGGCACAGGAGACCUCGUUUCUGGCCCCAAGCACAAUUCGCUAUCUAUGUAUGCGCAGAAACUUGGAGCUUCGCUGCCAUUUCUGUGUUCCUUCCCUUCUCUCCCGCACGUGACCAAAGGAACGUGCCAGUGGUCUCGCCAACAGAGCCCUGGGGGUGACCAUCUUGGGACCCAGAGGCCAUGCAGUCUCUUCAAAGGAGUUCUGCUUGGGGGUAGAAACAGGUGUUCCUCCACAGUGCGUGGCCCCAGCUGUUAUUUUCAUUUUCAAGAGACCAAGAAUUGGAGAAAUCGAUUUUCGGUCUCUGCUGUGUCCCUGGAUGGCGCCCGUGCAGGCGGUGGGAGGCUUAUGGGGGCAGCAGGCCCCGGGGCUGAUGCGAAGGCCACACGAUCCUCACGUGUGGAGGCCACAGCAUCAUGUUUAAUUGCCAGGCAGAUGCGUCGCCGUUCAAGCUCAGUUCUGGGGUUGUUUUGCAUAAAGUUUUGCCAAUGUGUUUUUGUUUGUUUUUUUCUGUAUGUAUAAUUGCCUUUUUAUAAAAGGUUUUGAAGUAUUGUCUCAGUGAUAAAAAGAGAGCAAUGUUAACGGUUGUUGUAUAUUUCACCGUAUCCAAUUGUAAGUAUUUGAAGGGUACAGCGAAGCCUUAGCGUGCAAGAGCGCUUGUGCAGGAGGUGUCCUCUGACACCCAGGAGGUGAGGGGAUCGGAAAGUUUCGGAUUCUUUGUAAAUGCCCCGCUUUUCUUUCUCUCUGUGUGUAUCUAUUUACAUGCCUUAGCACACGCCCUCCCACCCUGAUCCCUUUGCCCUGUCGCCAGAUCAACCAGAACGCUGGUGCACUGCCGGUACAGGACAAGUCGACAGAACCCUAAUCAGUUAUCUCUCGUGUGCCAGGGGAGGAAGAGAAACUCCAUAGUAUUCUUUGUAGAAUAUACAUACCUGUAGGAUGCUGUGUAAUGGGAAACCAUAGAAUUGGGCUUUUGUCAUUUCAAAGUUGGAGAAAUGUAUGAAUAAAAUGUAUAA